CAUGGCGACACGGUAGAGGAGCGGCUGCGCCGGGGCGACCGCCCCCUCCCGCCUCCUCGGCACGGGCACGGCGCGCCGCGGGUGAGCGAGCGGCCUCGGCGGCGCUGCUGCCGCCGGUGCCCCACACAGGGCUCAGCGGCGGCGGACGAGGAGGAGGAUGGCGGUGGCUGUCGCGGCGGCGGCGGGCACAGCAGCAGCAGCGGCGGCGGCGGGGCUGAGCGGCCGCGCGGCGGGAGCCAGCACCGUCCCGAGCAGCUCAUGGUGGCGCCCCAGACCCGCCAGCAGCGGCCGCGCCGGGGCCGCCAGCUGAGCCGGAUCCCGGCGGGCGGCUCUCCCCUCUUCACACCGACCCACCGAGCGACCCGUCCCCCUCCCCCGACGCUCCCUCUCCCCCCUCCCCGGCGCGACCCGCGCCUCGGAUCGCCCCCGCCGGGGCCGGACUGCCACCACCCUCGGGCGCCGCGGGGAAGGCGGCGGCGGCGAAGGGCACCGGGCAGCGCCCGGCGGCGGCGGGACCAUGGGUGCGAAGCAGAGCAGCCCCACCGCCGCCAAUGGCCGCACCCGGGCGUACUCGGGCGGGGAUCUGCCUUCCUCGAGCAGCAGCAGCAGCGGCGGCGCUAACGGGACUGGCGGGCGCUCGGCAGGCGGCGGCGGGCGCUACGCGCACCUGGCGGCGGCGCCUCACGCCGCUCCCGGCGGCGCGGCGGCCGCGGCGGCCGGAGGAGCGGCGGCGGCGGGGAGUGCCGCGGGGUCGGCGCCCCGGAGCAGGUCCUUAGGGGGGGCCACGGCCUCUGGAGCCCGGGCGGCGCAGUCCGCCUUCAACAUCCCCCACAGCAGCGGUCCCUACGGCUCGCAGGACUCGGUCAGCAGCACCCCGGAGGAGGGCGGCCGGGAGCGGCCCGCCGGGGGCGGAGGCGGCGGCGGCUCCUCCGGCGGCCCCCGGCUAGUGAUCGGCUCGCUGCCCGCGCACCUCUCGCCGCACCUGUUCGGAGGAUUCAAGUGCCCUGUAUGUUCAAAAUUUGUAUCUUCUGACGAAAUGGAUUUACAUCUUGUGAUGUGUUUGACAAAACCAAGGAUAACCUACAAUGAGGAUGUGCUGAGUAAAGACGCUGGGGAGUGUGCAAUAUGCCUGGAAGAGCUGCAGCAAGGAGAUACUAUAGCACGGCUGCCUUGCCUCUGCAUAUAUCAUAAAGGCUGCAUAGAUGAAUGGUUUGAAGUAAAUAGAUCUUGCCCUGAGCAUCCAUCAGAUUAAGACAAGAUUCAUAUUUUUCGCUGCUUCCACUGAUCAGAAAACAUAGGAGAUGUGAGGUUCCCUUGCUGAACACAGCGUGCCUGGCUUGAGACUUAGUUCUUUGUGGCUGAAAAAGGCAAAGAUGGACAGUGACAUGGAGAAAGCAUUGCAGACACCAUUACUUGACAGUAGUGCUCGGUAUACCAAACACUCUGCAAAGGACACACAGGGAUUUUGAAAAUGCUGCACAUCCUGUAACAAUCGACUCCCCAGAGACAUUACUGACACUGUUUUGUAUCGAAGGCCAAAGUUCCAAAUUUCAGCCUAACUUCUGGUUCUGUGAAGAAGCGAGUUAUUGGACAUGUUUCCUACUGCCUCCAGUGGAAGUGGAGACGUUCGAUACGUGCUAUCUGAGACCCUUGCAGGGGGAUGGCCCCAGAUUGGAGUGGGAACGUUUUCACCUUCUCAUUGGCUGAAGAACAGUAAAUGGCAAACUAAAUAAAAUCUAACAGUGUGACCUUAA